AUGAACCCACAUAAAUUUACAAUUUCCUUAACCGGAAAUGAGACGGUACUUUGGGGAAAGUUUUGUGCCGUCUUUCAAGCUUAUCUUGAAAUUAUCUUAAAAAUGCGCAUGUUUUGGCAAUCGAGGGAUGCUUUUGCUGUUCACAUAAAUAUUUAUUAUGAAGAAAGAAAUGUCUCGGAAGAGAAAACACCACAAGAUGCUGCAUUUGAGUAG